UGCUGCUAGGCAGCCCAGGCUCAUUCUGCCGCAUGCCUCUUUUACCGCCACCAUUACGCAGAGGAAUUCCCUGCCGUCUCUGCUACUGCCGCUCGCAGAGAGUGUGAGUGUGGCUGAGAGGAGAGGAGAGAGGAGGAGAAGAGACAUGCAGCAAAGCAACACUGACAGAUAGAGGACAGAGCUGGAUUUCACAGUGGAUUUUACAUGAAGAUGUGCAGCGUUUGCUUGCGAGGAGAACACCAUGUCUAUGGGAUUUAUUGCUGACCUUUGCGCUCCUGAUUUGCGCACAUAUGUAAGAAGGAACACUGUGUAUUUAUGUGUGUGAGUGCGAGAGAGCGAGUGUGUGAGCGAUCGUGUGGUGUGUGAAUGUCUGUUCCUGAUGCGGUCAGAGCGGGCUAGCCGUGUGUGUAUCGUGGUGCUGGAGGAGGUAGAGGAGGAUGAGCCCUCGUCUUCAUCCCCACCUCCUCGGCCCAAGUCAUCCCCAGACCGCAGAUCCCAUCAUGCCUCUCGAAGGGCUGCCGCUCAGGACGACAAGCCGUCUCUGUUAAGAGCCAUCUUCAACGUGGACCCAGAUGAAGUUCGCUCUCUCAUAUUCAAGAAAGAGGAUGUCAACAUUCAGGAUAAUGAGAAGCGGACCCCGUUGCACGCUGCAGCCUACCUGGGAGACGCUGAGAUCAUUGAACUGCUCAUCCUCUCAGGAGCCCGAGUUAAUGCCAAAGAUAACAAGUGGCUGACUCCUCUUCACCGAGCUGUCGCUUCUUGUAGUGAGGAUGCAGUGGCGAUGUUAUUAAAGCACAGUGCAGAUGUUAACGCUCGGGACAAGAACUGGCAGACACCGCUCCAUGUAGCAGCUAGCAACAAGGCAGUACGCUGUGCUGAGGCUUUGGUUCCACUGCUUAGCAACGUCAACGUAUCUGACCGGGCAGGACGCACUGCCCUGCACCACGCUGCCUUCAGUGGACAUGUAGAGAUGGUGAAGUUGCUGCUGUCCAGAGGAGCCAACAUUAAUGCUUUUGACAAGAAGGACAGGAGAGCCAUCCACUGGGCAGCCUACAUGGGUCACCUGGAGGUAGUGAAGUUACUGGUGGCUAGCGGAGCUGAGGUCGACUGUAAGGACAAGAAGGCCUAUACACCGCUCCAUGCAGCCGCCUCCAGUGGCAUGAGCAGCACAGUGCACUACCUGCUGAGCCUGGGUGUCCAUGUGAACGAGGUGAACAGCUAUGGCAACACACCGCUCCAUUUGGCCUGUUACAAUGGGCAGGAUGUGGUGGUCGGUGAGCUAAUCGAGGCAGGAGCCAACGUCAACCAGGUGAAUGAGAGGGGUUUUUCUGCUCUCCACUUUGCUUCCUCCUCACGGCAAGGAGCGCUGUGCCAGGAAUUGCUGUUGGCUCACGGAGCUCACAUCAACCUGCAGAGUAAGGAUGGUAAGACUCCCCUCCACAUGGCAGCUACACAUGGACGGUUCUCCUGCUCCCAGGCCCUCAUUCAAAAUGGAGCUGAGAUUGAUUGUGAGGACAAGAGCAGAAACACUGCCCUUCACAUAGCUGCCCGCUAUGGCCAUGAGCUCAUCAUCACAGCACUCAUAAAACACGGAGCCAAUACCGCCAAGAGAGGCAUUCAUGGGAUGUUCCCUCUACACCUGGCAGCUCUCAGCGGCUUCUCAGAUUGCUGCAGGAAGCUGCUGUCCUCAGGGUUUGUCAUAGACACCCCUGACAACUUUGGAAGGACCUGUCUACAUGCUGCUGCAGCUGGAGGGAACCUGGAGUGUCUGAACCUGCUGUUAAACAUAGGAGCAGACUUUAACAGGAAAGACAACUUUGGAAGGGCUCCACUACACUAUGCAUCAGCCAACUGUAACUACCAGUGUGUGUUUGCCUUGGUGGGCUCUGGGGCAAGUGUUAAUGAGCUGGACCAGAGAGGCUGUAGCCCUUUACACUACGCUGCUGCUGCUGACACUGAUGGAAAAUGUGUGGAGUACCUGUUGAGGAAUGAUGCUGAUCCGGGAGUGAGAGACAAACAGGGUUACAGCGCAGUGCAUUAUGCUUCAGCCUAUGGACGAACACUCUGCCUGGAGCUGGUGGCAAGCGAGACACCUCUUGAUGUGUUAAUGGAGACAUCAGGAACAGACAUUCUGAGUGAGUCAGAGAGCCAGGCUCCGGUCAGUCCACUCCAUCUGGCGGCUUACCACGGACACUGUGGAGCGUUAGAGGUCCUGUUGUCGUCCCUGUUGGAUGUGGACGUUCGCAGCCCAGAGGGACGGACCCCCCUCAGUCUGGCCUGUUCCAAGGGUCAUCAGGAGUGCGUCUCCCUGCUGCUACACCACGGCGCCUCACCCAUGACCCGUGACUACAUCCACAAAAAGACAGCCAUGCAUGCUGCAGCUAUGAAUGGCCACCCAGAGUGCCUGCGCCUGCUCAUCAGCAACAACGACCAACACAUUAAUGUGGACGCACAAGACACCAACGGACAGACUCCUCUGAUGCUGGCAGUGCUGAGUGGACAUACAGAGUGUGUGUACUCUCUGCUCAGUCAAGGAGCCAGUGUGGAGAAUCAGGACCGCUGGGGCAGGACAGCACUACACCGAGGGGCCGUAACAGGCCAGGAGGAGUGUGUGGAGGCCCUCCUCCAGCGUGGGGCCAGUGUGUGUGUCAAGGACAUCCGGGGUCGCUCCCCCCUCCACCUGGCGUCUGCUUGCGGCCGUGUGGGUGCCCUGGGUGCCCUGCUACAGACCACCAGCACCUCACACACUCAGGCGCACCUCACAGACAGCCAGGGCUACACGCCACUGCACUGGGCCUGCUACAACGGUUAUGAUGCGUGUGUGGAGGUGUUGCUAGAUCAGGAGGUGUUCAGAAAGAUCAAAGGCAACUCCUUCAGCCCGCUACACUGUGCUGUUAUGAACGACAAUGAGGGCGUUGUUGAGAUGUUAAUUGACUCCCUGGGUGCAGAUAUUGUCAACACCACUGACUCUAAGGGCAGGACCCCACUUCAUGCUGCAGCUUUUUCUGACCAUGUGGAGUGUGUUUCCCUUCUUCUGAGCCACGGAGCUCAGGCGAACGUUGUCGACACACAAUUGCGCAGGACACCACUGAUGAUGGCAGCUCUCAACGGACAGACCAAUGCAGUGGAGGUGUUGGUGAGCAGCGCUAAAGCAGACCUGGCACUACAGGACACACAAAGGAACACAGCAUUACAUCUGGCAUGCAGCAAGGGUCAUGAGACGAGUGCCUUGUUGAUUCUGGAGAAACUGAGUGACAGAAACCUCAUCAACUGCACCAAUGCUGCUCUCCAAACGCCUCUGCACGUAGCAGCCAGGAAGGGUCUGACUGUGGUGGUCCAGGAGCUGCUGGGGAAAGGAGCCAGCGUGUUAGCAGUGGACGAGAACGGUUACACUCCAGCUCUGGCCUGCGCUCCCAACCGCGAUGUAGCCGACUGCUUGGCGCUCAUCCUCAACUCGAUGAUGCCCACCUCCCCCAUGGUCACCAUCGCAGCUUUGCCCGCGCUGUCACUUACUCAGACCGUCAUCAACCACCACCCCACAUCCAACCACAUCUCAAAAGGCGUGGCCUUUGAUACCCCACCCCCUCUGAGGCCUGACCACGCGUCCUACUGCAGGCCGGAGCGCCCGCUGUCCUCCGUCUCUGGGGACGACGAACUGAAUGACUCAGAUUCAGAGACGUACUGAGGACUAACUGGACAGAGCCCUACAAUACUGGCAGGCUAGCCAGCCACUCAGGAGCCUUAAUAGAUCACUGAGAAGAGACUAAAAGAAAGACAAGAGGGAGAAAAUAGAGCAAAUUAUUUUUAGGUAAGCCUCUUCAAAUCUAAAAAUAACCCUUGUGUAAAGCUUGUUUCCUUAAGGUGCAUACCCACAGGGAGGGGAAUCAUGUAGAAUAAGGUGAAUACACACUUUUCAGGCAGCGCCACUGUAUGGUCAGUAACAUGGCUAAUGUCUUUUUAAAUUUAAAGCAAUGUUGGUUUUCCUUUUUAAAUUAAGCUCCUAUGGUUUCCUGAUACUUUCUGGAAUCAUUUUAAGCCUUUUCAGAGAUUUUCCUUCCAAUUUACUAGAUGAGCAUCUACAGAAGAAAACUCAGAGGACUGCUGUUUUGGCACAAUUAUCUAAAGAAAAAAAAAAAAAAAAACCAGAGGGACAAUCUUACGGGACCAGGUGAUUAAGUGUUUUCCCUAUUGUACUUUUAGGGUUUUUUUUUUUUUUUUCAUUUUUAUUCAGAGUUCUUCUUUUAGCUGUGAUGGCAGACACCGAUGACUGUCGCUCAAGGACACUGGGAAUGCUGUGUGGAGGAUUAGGAACCACUUUUCGAUUCGUAGGAGAGGAGGUCACUUGUGAAUCCUGCGUAUUUAUUGAUCGAAUCCUUGAGGGGUGAUUCUGACAGCGGGUGGAUGUAAGACCCAUUUACUGUACAACUGGUUCGGGUGUCAGUCGGCUGAUAACCUGAAUGAGCGGCCCAAGGAAUUGUCCACUUGUGAUGCUGUAACUACUUAAUGUCUGUGUUCUGUACUGGAGGCGGGAAAAGUGGCGAAUACUGUGUGAAUAUGUGUGUGUGUGUGUGUGUGUGUCUGUGUGUGGGAGUGAAAGCGAGAGAGAGAGAGAGAGAAGUGAUUAAAUAUUGCCUUUUUAGGAAUAUGCAACUUUCAGGCGGAGGAUGAAUGCUACUUGGUGCAAUGUUUGUAAAGAUUAAGUAAUAGUAGAUGAAUAAAGCUAUUUGUUUUUGA